ACAUUUGGUGAUAGAUUGAAGAAAAAGGAUCGUGUUGACGCAAGGUCUUCCUAAUCGGUCACUGAAACUCCCAUCACACACACUUAGACAGCGGUCCUCCUUGCUUUGCACUCUAAUCCGUUAAGUUUCGUUUUCGUUCUGCUUCCUUUCGCCCAGCCUCCUCUCUUUUUAUUUUCUUGCCUUUGUCAAAACACGGAUUCUGUUAUACCUGUGUGCAAUGGGGCCCUUCAACCAUCGUAGAGUUUACAGCGAGAGUGACGCUUCAUCGGAUGUGAUAGGAGACAUCAUCGCCGACCUUGGAUUCGAAAAUGCUCCAAACACCUUGAACAAUCCAACUCUUCCUAAACCGCUGCGGUACAGCGAUGGCUCCAGCUAUCUAUCCCGUUCAUCGUGGCAGUCCACCAAGUACGGACACGACCGACAUUAUUCCACUGGCACAAUUUUCGAGAAAGCAGAAGAUGACACAAGAGAUGUUGGAACCUCGCGCUCGCUUGACUUCUUCAAAGGAGCUCAUUUGAAUGGUUCCGACAAGAUACUGGCCAGCGAUUCUUUUUCGGAAUUCGAAGAUACCAGCAAGCAAGAAGCAAGACUGUCUUCGGCAAAGGGCAAGGAAAAAGCUAUCGACAUUCCCGCGAACUCUCUCAAUGGCAUGGAGAAAUCGGAAUACGAUUCAAAACCCCUGGACCCGGAAUCCGACUCGGGCGAUGCCUUUCAAACUCCAUCCGAUUCAGCAAAUUACCCGUCUCCAGCGAAAACAGCAGUCAUCAUGUUUUCUCUAUACAUCUCGAUAUUUCUAGUAGCUCUUGAUCGCACCAUCAUCGGACCUGCCAUACCAGCAAUAACCAAUCAAUUCCGCUCACUUGGCGAUGUAGGCUGGUACGGAAGUGCUUAUAUGCUCACAUCAUGCGGAUUCAUUUUACUAUACGGGCGUGUCUAUACUUUCUUCUCCACAAAGAACGUCUUCCUUUCAGGGAUUGCUCUGUUCGAGAUCGGAACGGCAUUUUUACCGGGGCCAUUCUCAUCAUGCUGAACACU